AUGUCUUCUAAACAGGAAAAUGGAACCAAUCUUUCGACGCUGCCGGACGUAGAAGGGACUGAAACAAUCCCUUUUGGCCGGAGAUUGCUAAGGGCUCAAAGAGGGCAAAACGUUUAUCCUCGGGCGAGACAUCUUAGCCGGAGAUGGAGAGCCAUGGUGGUGCAUAAAGUAUAUUCCUUAAAGCUAUACAACGCUCUCCGGUUAUCUCGGCGAAGCACAACGGUCCGAGACACGGCAGAUAAAAUCCUCGCGACUACCGCUCGUGGUACGGCCCGAUGGAGCCGAGCCAUUUUGGUGAGUCCACUCGGGAAGUGGCUGUGCCGGCACAAGAAUACAAUUACAAAGCCGGCGUCGGCGGUCGGGAGGUGGAGGGAAGAGGAGGAAGAAGUUGUCGCCGGUGAGAAGUAG